AAACCCUUCGAAACCCUCUAUUUCAAUCAAAACCGGAAAUCGUCGAAUCUCCGGCGCCGGCAAUACAGAUUCAAACACUAGGCGAUCAGACAUCACCUUCUAAUCUUUAAUCGAUCGAUGUCGCUGAAAUCUGUAAAUCUGGAAAAAUUGAAAAUCAAUGUCUCAAACCCAAAAGUAUUGAUCGUGAUCGGUGUCAGCGUUGCUGGCAUCUUGAUCCUUACAGCAGAGACUCGGAGGCGUCGAUUAAAAGGCAGGCAUACAGUGAAAGAAGAUUAUGGUGCUUUUGUAGAGCGGUUUGAGCUACUUCCGUUUCCUCAGCUGCCUCCUCCCGCCGCCAAACAACUUCUUUCUGGUUUAACUUUUGCAAUCAAUGACGUCUUUGAUGUGAAAGAGUAUGUGAGUGGCUUUGGGAACCCGGAUUGGAAAAGAACCCAUGAGGAAGCUGGGAAGACUGCUAUUGUUGUCACUACUUUGUUGAAGAAUGGGGCUACUUGUGUUGGCAAGACUGUCAUGGACGAGUUAUCAUUUGGGAUAACUGGAGAAAAUUCACAUUACGGGACCCCAACAAACCCAGCAAUGCCAUCUUAUAUUCCCGGUGGACCGUCUGGUGGUUCCGCUGUUGCUGUUGCAGCAGAGCUUGUUGAUUUUGCUAUCGGUACUGAUACAAUCGGGGGAGUGAGAAUUCCAGCUGCAUAUUGUGGCGUACUUGGAUUCCGGCCUUCACAUGGAGUUAUAUCCACUGUUGGGGUUCUCCCAAAUUCACAGAGUUUAGACACUGUUGGAAUAUUUGCUCGUGAUCCUUCUGUAUUGCAUCGUGUUGGACAUGUCCUCCUUCAGUUAAACCCAGUGGAGCCUAGAAGGACAAGACGCAUAAUAGUGGCUGAUGAUUUAUUUCAGCUAUCUAAAGUUCCUCAACAGAAGACUGUAUAUAUUGUUAGCAAAGUAACUGAAAAGUUAUCUGGUUACCAACCACCAAAGCAUAUGAAUAUUGGUCAGUAUAUUUUGUCAAAUGUUCCAAGCCUAAAAUAUUUUCAUGAGCAGACAUCAAACCCGCAGAAGGGAACAAAUACUUUGAAAGCUCUUUCUUCAGCUAUGUUAUUGUUACAGAGAUAUGAAUUCAAAACCAAUCAUGAAGAAUGGAUUAAUACAGUCAAACCCAGGCUAGGAUCUGGUGUGUUUGAUCAAAUUCAUGCAGCAAUUACAGCUCAACAUGAAAAUAUAAAAGCUUACUACAAGGUCAGGACAGAAAUGCGAGCAGCUCUAUGCAGUCUCUUGAAGGAUGAUGGAAUUCUGGUUCUUCCUACGGUUGCUGAUACUCCAUUAAAACUUAAUUCAAAAAAAGCUAUGUUGUCUGAAUUUCAUGAUAGGGCAUUUGCUUUAUUAAGCAUCACUACUAUGUCUGGCUGCUGUCAGGCUACUGUUCCUUUUGGAAAACACGAAGAUUGUCCGGUUGGUGUUUCUUUUAUUGCAUUUCAUGGAUCAGACAAGUUUCUCCUUGAUACUGUAUUGGACAUGUACCAAUCUCUACAAGGACAAGUUAGUGCUAUUACUAGUUUGCCACCAUCGUUAGACUUGAAUGGCAACAUGGAUGCUUCUGAAUUGUUGAAGGAGAAGGGAAAUGCUGCAUACAAGGGAAGACAAUGGAAUAAAGCUGUAAGUUAUUAUACUGAAGCUAUUAAGUUGGAUGAAUCGAAUGCUACUUUCUACUGCAACAGAGCAGCUGCGUACUUAGAAUUAGGAUGCUUUCAGCAAGCUGAGGAGGACUGCAGCAGAGCAAUAUCACUUGAUAAGAAGAAUGUGAAGGCGUACUUGAGACGGGGAACUGCUAGAGAAUCAGUUCUGUACUACAAGGAGGCUCUUCAAGAUUUUAAGCACGCGCUCGUACUAGAACCCCAAAAUAAGGUUGCAAAAGGGGCUGAGAAGAGGCUGCGGAAACUAGUAAGUUAAUAUACUACUUGGGGCGCUUUUGCAUCUGAUAAAUAAUUCCAUUCCGGAAUCUUCUCUUGUGCAACGACAUGGAAGGUCCAUUCAAAGUUAACACCCAACGGAAGCUGCUUGGAAAUACGUUUUGUAAUAUUUAUGAAACUGUAGCUGGUUUUCUGCAGCCAGGGUUUUGUGAAAUUGUGAUAGUGUAAUUGAUUUUGUGGAGAGAAUAUGAUUUUAUUGCCUAGUAUGAGUUGUUCCAUCA